AGGUUUAGCGGGGGAUUCGGUCCCUGUGUUCAGAGGAGCUGUUCGCGGGAAGGACAAGAUACAGAAACACGGAAAAUAAGAUUACAGCAGGCUAACGAUCUGCAAAACUUCUCCGCGGGAUUCAAAAGUAUCUCAGAUCGUCCUCUGCAGCAGUGUAGAGAUGCUUUUCCGAUCGAUCAUUGACAGAGGAGUGGGAUCGAGGAGGCAGAAUGCCCUCCCUGCAGAUAGGUACAGGUACCCUCUGAGUUCUCUGCUUGAAGGCUACCAGUGUGUUCGACAUGAUGAACACAUCUCCUAUGGAAACAUGGGAGACUCCGUUCCUCCGUUCGGAUUGGCUUUCUCCUCUGCUGGUAACCUGCAGAAUGUCGUGGCAGCUGCUAAUGAAGAGGGCAUUGUUAGGAUCUACAACACGGAGCGCAGAGAAAACGCACUUCGUAAUGAAUGGCUGGCUCAUGAGAAUGCUGUGUUUGACAUAGCCUGGGUACCUGGGGAGCCACAACUAGUGACUGCUGCAGGUGAUCAGACGGCCAGGCUGUGGGAUGUUAGAUCUGAGGAGCUGUUAGGCAGCUUCAAGGGUCACUUAUGCAGCUUAAAGUCUGUUGCAUUUGCACCGCAGGAGAAAGCUGUGUUCUGCACAGGGGCCAGAGAUGGAAAUAUUAUGGUCUGGGACACAAGGUGCAGCAAGAAAGAUGGUUUCUAUAGACAGGUGAAACAGAUCAGUGGUGCUCACAACAAAGCCGAGGCAAACCCCCUCACCAAAACCAAGAAGAGACGAGGCAGCACACGUGGCAUGGCCCCCAGUGUGGACUCUCAGCAGAGCGUCACAGUGGUUUUGUUUCGGGAUCAGCACACCCUCAUCUCUUCCGGGGCAGUCGAUGGAGUGAUCAAGAUGUGGGAUCUGAGGAAGAACUACACAGCGCAACGUCAAGAUCCUGUUCCCCUGCAGACGUACCCUUACCCGGGCUCUUGCAUGCGCAUGCGACUUGGUUAUUCAGGACUCACUCUGGACUCCACAAGAUCCAAUGUUAUGUGUAACUGCACUGAUGACAGUAUCUACAUGUUCAAUGUCAGUGGGAUAAAAACAACUCCAGUUGCAGCUUUCAGUGGCCACCAGAACUCCUCUUUUUAUAUCAAGUCCUCUAUAAGCCCAGAUGACCAGUUCUUGGCCAGUGGCUCAAGUGACAACCACACGUACAUCUGGAAGAUCUCUGACCCCACACAUCCUGUCAUGACGCUCCAAGGCCACAGUGAGGAAGUGACGUGUGUUUCAUGGUGCCCCACUGAUUUUACUAAGAUUGCUUCCUGCUCUGAUGAUCACACUGUUCGGAUAUGGAGGCUUCACAGGGAAAUGGAUGGAGCACAGUCUUCAGUGGGAGAGGCGAAUCUAGUGGGCUGGGCGCGUCAUAAAACUCCCUCAACGCCUGAAAUCAAACCUGCGUCAACUCCUGCAAAAACCCAGAGGACAGAGAGUCUAGGUGGACUGGCUUCACCCCAGCUAGCUGCCUGUGCUCCCAGUGGAGCUGCCCUGCCUCUUCCCUCCAUCACCACCUCACCUCUACCCUCUCAGGAUGCCAAAGCUGCAGCCGCUCGCCAGAGAACCCCGCCUUCCAUCAAACAGUGGUUGUCCCCGAGCCACGGAUCUCCCGUCCAAGUCAGCCCUCUGUUACGCAAGGUGCUGAAUCCAUGUCCCCAAAGCCCCGCCAGCAGCGCCUCACCCACGGAACGACGCGCCAAACGCAGGCUGGAAACCGGGGACAGUUCACCUACAAGCUGUGAGUCGGCAGAAAACUGUGACUGUGUUUCUGAACUCUACCCAGCGGCCAAGAGAAGCCGGGUCCUGUCUGGAAUCUGCUGCCCGGCUCAAGAGAGCCAAGUACAAACAGACUGUCAGACAGAGGAGAACACGCAAGCAUCGCCGAGUCAGAGCGAAAAGGAGAAUUUCUCCCCAAAAGUGGUCGACUGGUUGUCAGUGAUGGGCCAGAAAAUGAGGAAAGGUCAAGGAAGUCCUGGUACUCCCAGAAGCCCUAGUGCAUCCAAGAAGCAAGAAGGCAAGACACCAGCCUCACCGACCAUCCACUCCCCACAGGCCAUGAAGAAAAUCUCCAUGUAUUUCACGAGGAAGCCUCUGGAAUGAACUCUUCAUUCAGAUGAUCUGUGCUCCUGUUUGAGAUAACAUGUAUUUUUUUUAUUAUUUUGUGUAUUUUUUAACAUGACUGCUCAGACAAAAAGCCUCAAAGAACUCGCUGUGCAUGAACCUGAGCUCUAAAAGGAGAGACAAACCUUCAUUUUGAAUAUUUAAUGCAGUGUAUUUUACAUCCUGAGACGCUGCUUUUUAAUUUGAAUUGGGUCAUAGAUUUUUCAAAAUCCUCCUACACAAUUUGCUGGUGCUGUGCAGAAUCUCUUGUUAAAAAACAAGGUUGCGUGUCGCUGAAAAAUAUUCUCGUUUUACUCAAAAAC